UAUGUGGUAUGCUUAAAUACUCAACUCCCUUGAAGUUGAUGACUUCUCAGAAGAGUUGCUCCAGGAUAUCACUAACCAUCUCCAAUCCAUCUCUGUAUCUGAUUUCUCUAAAGGAUACCAAACAAUAGUUACAGAAUUAGCAGAUAUGGGAUAUGAAUUUAUGACUAACAAUUAGUUUCCCAGCACUCAAUUAAUCAUUUAAUAUCUUCAGCUCUGGGAUCAAGUGGUUUGCACCAUCUCCAAUAUAUGGGUAUGAAUUAAUUUAGAAAUAACCUAUCAGAUUAAGAUCAAUUGCGUCACAAAAGCUAAAGUUCAUCUGCUAGCACUACACACAAAAAUCAUCUUUUCUUUUAGAAACUCUGUUGUUUAAAUAAUAAGUUAGUAUCGGAGGAAUCUUCUCUUAAAUUUAUGAAUCUGCCUUAACUCUUUAUAGCUUUUGUACUUUAGAAAAUAAGAAUAAAUAGCAAGCAUUAUAAGCAAUUCUGAAACUAUAAUAACUUAUAAUUAAAUCUUUGGAACCAUAAUUUAAUAAGAAUGUAAAUCUGUUAAUGACCAAAAUAUAUAAAAGAAUGGAAAAGGGUGCUUAUGAAUCCAAUCACUUCUCCAUCCAAGCUUAUAAAUUGACAAGCCAAAUUUUUAGCUCCAGAUGA